AUGGCGGCCUCCAUGCUAGGCUCGCUGCUGCGGACGUUCCGGCAGAUGGUUCCUUCAUCAGCCUCGGGCCAAGUUCGAGGUUACUAUGUAGACUGGAAAAUGUUGCGUGAUGUGAAGAGACGAAAAAUGGCCUAUGACUAUGCUGAUGAAAGGCUACGGAUCAACUCGCUUAGGAAGAAUACUAUUUUGCCAAAAGAUCUUCAGGAUAUGGCUGAUGAAGAAAUUGCUGCCCUUCCCCGUGAUAGCUGUCCUGUCAGAAUCCGAAAUCGGUGUGUUAUGACAUCCCGUCCACGUGGUGUGAAGCGACGCUGGAGGCUGAGUCGCAUCGUCUUCCGUCACUUAGCCGACCAUGGGCAGCUCUCUGGAGUCCAGCGAGCAAUAUGGUAAAUCUGCUGCAGAAACUACUGAGCCUGCAGGGAAGCAUGGAGAGACUUUUCUAAAAGAUAAAAUUCUAGUUUCUAGCGUGGCCCAGUGUAGUUGUCUAGUCUGCUUGACGUUUUCCGUACUUAUAUUUUCUUGGAUUUAAUAGAUUAAACAUACUGUUCUCACACAUA